AAAUUACUUUUGAUAGUCAACACAUCCUUUGAGAGAGAAUGUGGCUGGAGAGUGCGCUCACAUUGUAGCGAACCACAGUGUUUUAAUGUAAUGACGUAAACGCUCCCCGAGGUCACAUGAUUUCAGAUUAUAACGCUGCAACUGUGAGUCUCCUAUUGAAGAGAAGUGAAGUGAGAGCUCAUACUUUCCCGCACCGGCGAAUGUGUCUUUGAAAGGUAGACACCAUGAACUACAUGGGCCAGCUGGCUGGCCAGGUGCUGGUGACAGUGAAGGAGCUGUACAAGGGGAUCAACCAGGCCACGCUGUCCGGCUGCAUCGACGUGGUGGUGGUCCGGCAGCAGGACGGAAGCUUCCAGUGCUCCCCCUUCCACGUGCGCUUCGGGAAACUGGGCGUGCUCCGCUCCAAGGAGAAAGUGAUUGACAUUGAGAUCAAUGGGGAACCGGUGGAGCUACACAUGAAGCUAGGAGACAAUGGAGAGGCCUUCUUUGUCCAGGAGACAGAGCAGCACAACGAGAUCAUCCCGGCCCACCUCGCCACCUCACCUAUCCCCACAGAAGAGGUUCUGUCCUGGAGCCGGGAGUCCAAAGCCGGGGGGUCGGGUCUGGAGAACGGGACGCCUCACGUUCCCGAGGACCCCGUCUCAGCCCUGACCCAGCCCAGCAACUCCGCCGGUGCCGGGAAGAAGAAGAAGAGGCGCCGGAGGAAGCACAAAGCCGACGCCCGCAAAGAGGAGCAUGCCCCCGGGGCCGCCGCAGGGGAGGAGGCCUUUGAGCUCAGCUCCGACGAGGAGCACGUCACACACAACGGCAGGAGUUCCACAGUGAAGGACCCUGCAGAGCCCCGGCAGCACACCUCCCUCCACUCCCUGGACAGCUACCCCUUCUCUGACGGAGACUGGGCUCACCCUGACAGAGACCUCUCAGAACCCCAGUCUCCUAAAAGUGACUCAGAACUCAUGGUGAAGUCGACAGAGAGCAUGCUCAGAUCUGAGUCCCACAUGCAAUGGUCCUGGGGAGAGUUCCCAGAAUCCACCAGGGUCAGCAAGAAAGAGAGAUCCGAUCUACCUAAGACAGUGACCAUCACCCCAUCUGAGAGCACCCACUUCCGUGUCAUUCUUAGCUCGGAGGCCAUGGAAGCUGGGGUGAAGGACAUGCAGACCUCCAUGGAUCCGGUCUGCACUAUCGUCAAACCAGAACCCCGCACACCUAAAGCGGACCGGCACAACGCCAACAACAACUUUCCCAGCCCUGUAUCUGAACCCAGCCGGGCCCUAAUCAACCCCUUUGAGCCGGACCUCACAAAACCUGAACCCAACACGACAUCUCUCACGACGGAGCCGUGCUACUCCAAAACAGACCCCUAUCCCCCCAAGCCGGAUGUGUACCCCCAAAAAGCAGAGCCCUCUUCCCCCAAACCUGACCUCAGUGUCCCCAAGUCUGAUGUCUGUCCCCCCAAACUGGAGCGCAGGACCCGUUGGACGUCCUCCCCCCCCAGUGUGUCUGCGUCCAGCCGGAGAGACAGUGCCGGUGAGAAUGGGACUGCCGCGGCCAGUCACAAGGGUACCAGAAACCCCGACACCAGACCCUGCUCCGGGGCAGACUCGCCUUCCAAGAGAAGAGGAGUGAGGAAGAGAAGCCAGCACCAGGGACCUGAGGACAUCUACCUGGACGACCUGAGCGCGCUUGAGCCUGAUGUUGUGGCACGCUACUUCCCAAAGAGCGAGUCCGAGCAGGUUCCUCAGGACUGGGUGGAGGUGGACAGGCGUUCGGGCUCCCAGUCGCCUCAUUCUGUGGGGAGCGCGGCAGCCGACAGUGGGACAGAGUGUCUGUCGGACUCCGCCGGUGACCUGCCCGACGUCACCGUAUCUCUCUGUGGGGGUGUGGGAGAGAACACUGAGAUCUCCAAAGAGAGAUUCAUGGAGCACAUCAUCACAUAUCAGGAAUUUGCUGAAAAUCCAGCGAUUAUCGACAAUCCUAAUUUGGUAGUUAGAAUCGCCAACCGAUAUUACAACUGGACCUUGGCAGCUCCCUUGAUACUAAGCAUGCAGGCCUUCCAGAAGAACCUUCCCAAGGCGACUGAGGAGGCGUGGGUGAAGGAGAAGAUGCCAAAGAAGUCUGGUCGCUGGUGGUUCUGGAGAAAGAGCAGUGUAAAGCAGUCAGAGACUAAGAUGGAGAGACAGGAGUCCCUUAGCAGAGAGAGCCCUGUUCCUCACCAGGCCCCUGCUACACAGCAGAAAGCAGCCGACUCCUCCAGCGAUGACGAGUCCAAAGAGCUCAACGCUGUGGCUCCUGCUUCUGCCCCGCCCUCGGCCCAGCCUCCAGCGGCUGCAGCCGGUUCACAUUCCUACAGGAAGUCCCUCCGCCUCUCCUCCAACCAGAUAACCAGUCUGAAGCUGAGGGAGGGUCCGAACGACGUGACCUUCAGCAUCACCACCCAGUACCAGGGCACCUGCCGCUGUGAGGGCACCAUCUACCUGUGGAGCUGGGACGACAAGGUCAUCAUCUCCGACAUCGACGGCACCAUCACCAAGUCUGAUGUGUUUGGUCAGAUUUUACCUCAGCUGGGUAAAGACUGGACCCACCCUGGCAUCGCCAGACUCUACCACCUAGUGCACGAGAAUGGCUACAAGUUCCUAUACUGUUCGGCCCGGGCCAUUGGCAUGGCAGACAUGACCAGAGGGUACCUGCACUGGGUGAAUGACAGGGGCACCAUCCUCCCCAGGGGCCCUCUCAUGCUGUGUCCCAGCAGUCUCUUCUCAGCCUUCCACAGAGAGGUUAUAGAGAAGAAGCCGGAGAAAUUUAAGAUCGAGUGCCUCACGGAUAUUAAGAACCUCUUCCACCCCAACACACAUCCCUUCUACGCUGCUUUUGGGAACAGAACUAAUGACGUGUUUGCAUACAAGCAAGUGGGUGUCCCUGUAUGUAGGAUCUUCACCGUCAACCCUAAAGGAGAGCUCAUCUUGGAGCAGACCAAGGGCAACAAAACCUCGUACAGCCGACUGAGUGAGCUUGUGGAACACGUUUUCCCUCUCCGAAGCAAGGAACAGAACGCCAACUUCCUCUUCCCAGAAUUCAGUUCCUUCUGCUUCUGGAGACAGCCAAUCGCAGAGGUCGGUCUUGAGGAGCUGUGAUCCAGCAUGGCACAUUUAUACCUCUAGUAUUACUUAAAAUGAAGUGAUAGCUAGCUAUGCUGUGGGAAAGCCAUUGUAGUGUGUAUAUUGUUGAAAACAGCACUUGAAAUCAACAUUGAUAUGUACCAAUAUAUUUUUGUGAUGUUUUUAAUGGUGUUUUCCAUAAUUGAUUGUACUGCCUUACUACCUGUAUGAAC